AUUGAGAAAUACCCAUAGAAUUCUACUCACUUUUUGAGUUUCCAACUGCCUAUAAAUACCUCAUCUAUCUAAUAUUCCCAACCAACAUAAACCAUCAAACAUCAUUUCUCUCUUUUGUUCAAUAUAAUAUAUCAAGAAAAAAACAAAAUGGAGAAGAAACUUAGCCUAGUGCUAUUACUCCCUCUUCUAAUAAUGCUUCUUCUUGUUGGAACCCAUGCAACAAUAAUAAUAGAGUCUCCAGCACCUCAGCCACAACCUCCUAACACUUUACCAAUGAAUGGUACUACUCCUGGUAGUCUCCAUCCUCAAGAUUGUUUACCAAAGUGCACAUAUAGAUGCUCAAAUACACAAUACAGGAAGCCAUGUAUGUUCUUUUGCCAAAAAUGUUGUGCAAAGUGUCUUUGUGUUCCUGCUGGGACUUAUGGGAACAAACAAUUUUGCCCUUGUUACAAUAAUUGGAAGACCAAGAGAGGAGGCCCAAAAUGCCCUUAAAAUCAUAUGCACUGACGGUGAAAAGAAUUUUUAUGUUAUGAGUUUACUUAAUUAAUCUGUUUUAGGAUGAUGUUUGUAUUAUUUUUAAGUUACAAGUUCCACUUAUUAUAGACUAUCUCAUGUAAUUAUGUUUUAAGUGAUUGAAUAGAAUAAAAUUAUUUUCUUUUAUCAUUAUAUAAAA